AUGUUGGAUACGAGGAGACUGCCGAGGCGUUCUAUGUCUUUACUUGACCGUUUGAACAGAAGCGAUGCAGAGGACAAGAGCCUAUCAAAUGACGAAACACCGGUCCCGACGUGUCCGCGACAACCACCGGAUGGCGUCGAAACGCCUUCAGAUGCUGUGGAAAAGAUACCAGAUUUGCCCACCAGAUUACCUCCACGCCUGCCCCCGAGCUGGCCGAGCGCUCGGCCAAGAUUUUCCUAUACAUCUAGAACACAAGAUGCGAGGAGUGAGGCUAGUGUUAAAGAUAAAAUAGCUAUGUUUUCGACCGACCUCGCUGUGUCUUCUGACCGCCUAGAUAAAUGUGGUGCCCUUCCAAUGAGGAGUCACUCAACAAUUAGAAAAAGUGUUACACCUUCUGUUAAACACUACGCAGACAUAUCUUCGCUAGACAGACGAUUAACAAAAUCGCAAGAUAAUCUCGAUGAAACUCCCAGAUCAUACAAGAGACACACAGAGCGACCUGAAGUGUUGGGAGGCGUUGAAAACACAAGGUUGGAAAUAAAACCGAUGAAGUUGAUCGCUCAGAAAGAUGUUUUGUCGCAGCCACUCUUUUAUGGCAGUUCGACAACAUUGGCCACCGAAACAACAUAUACGAGACCUAUAUUUCACGGUCGUAGUGUUAGCGAGGAUAACACUAAAAAUUCAUCCUCACACAAGUCUAAUUUAGAAUACUUAAUAGAGCAACGAAAGAAGUCCAUGUCAAAAUUACGCGGCUUAGUUAUACCCGAAAUGCAAGCCCCGAUUGUUGACUUACCAGAAAUUAAGGUUAAAGAUAAUAUAUCGAAAACAUUCUUGCAAAAAUCCGCGAAACCAGAAAUCAAGAGUGAAAGUAAAAUGAACAAUACUAAGCCGUUAACUUUCAACGACAGUAAGUGGAAAACGAAUUUCUUGCCGAACAAUCUUCCAAAAUAUUCACCUGCUUUUAAACGGAAGUCGUUACAAGUAUACACACCGUCGUGUUUAUCAAAAGAAUCAACACCGGAACGUAAAUUUGCAGAAAAGGUUGAAACUAUAAAUAAAAUCAACAAUAUGCAUAGUUUACACAAACCUCUUAAGUCUACUUCAGAUUUUACUAGGACACCUGUUAUUAAUACUUCGCCUGCGUAUAAGCAAUAUAAUAAAAAUAGUUUUAGUCAUAUACAUGACUUUAGAAACGUUGAAGUAAAAAUUUGUACAACAACUGAGGUGGUUGACAGCGAUAACGAUUCCGCGAUGAGUUCCACUCAGUCCAGCUAUCGAUCAUCAGCAUCGUCUCCGAUGCAUCAUUUGGACCAUAUUGAAUCGGACAGUUCCCGCAUGUCACCAAGGAUACCACAGUACGGUGCAUAUUUGAAUACUAAAUCGGACUUUUUAGUAAAACCCAUCCUUAUCGACAAAAAUGGCGACGAAUUUAUAAAACGCAAAAUUUGUCGAUCUGUCUCGUCUGAAACGAACGUUUCUCUAAGUUCUUCGGCCGGAUCUGGUGCAACGUCAGGAUCUCAAGCGAGUUGUAGUUCCCUAGAAAGUUCUGUUGCUGACUCAGAAAAGAGAAGAGUUUCAAAAACCUAUAACGUCGAUACUCUGAAUAGAAGAAAUAUACUGGCUUCUGCUAAAUGUAGAAGCGGUAGAGACGCUAAACUCAAGUCACCGGUGAUUGAAACGAAAUUCUCACAUGAGUCUCCUGACAGAUCACCGAGCCCCGUUACUAAGACGCCUGAUCGCCUUUCUACGCUCCCGUCUACUGUGAGUGCAAUGACGAUUAAAGGCGAUAACAGGCGACGUAACAAAGUUGUCGUUGACAGUGACUCAGACUCCGAGAGUGAAGUAACCAUCCGGCAAAGAAAAUCCGAUUACAAAAACAGUAGAUUAAAACGAAAUUCAUCGACGAAUAAUAAAAACAAAACGAAUGGUAUACCCCCCGACUCAGAUAAAAACGAAGAAGUUCCGCAAGUUAUUAAAGACAAAAUAAUUAAAGAAAUUAAAAAGGCUGGUUUAGAUGAUUACGACAAAUCAAGCAAAAAAGCCAGCCAAGAACUGACGUACAUAAAUCUUACAAGUAACAUUAGAAAAACGGUAAAUGGAGAAAAUAAUAAUAUCAAAACACAACCACCAAAAGAUAUAGACCUUAUCAUAGGUGUGAAACCCAGAUAUACACUUAAUUCUAACAAAACUGUCUUAAAUACAACUCAAUCAGCAAAGGAUACAAUUAAAAAUAGCAAAUGUGAAAAUCGAAAUACAGAAACACAAUUUGUGAAUCUCAAAAAAGGAAACGGUUCUGGAGUCGGUCUUAUUCUAGCUGGAGGAAUUGAUUGUGAAGCAAAGGAUGUUACGGUACAUCGCGUAUUGAGUGACAGCAUUGCAGCCAAGGCAGGCAUAAAGAAAGGAACUAAAGUAAGGAGCAUUAACGGUUGCAUUAUGAAUGGUCUCACGCACGCGCAGUCUGUAGCAAUUUUAAAGGAACAACGUUCUGAAGUCGUUAUUGAAGUUGAAAAUGAAGUAAAAGGAUCAUUCAAAGAAUGCGGCUCUGAAAACGCGGAGUCGAAGAAUCGUCUUGGUGCUGACAAAACUAAUCUUAAGAAUGAACUUGGAAGAUCUGUGGUGACAGUUCUGUUGGAGAAAGCGGGUGGUGGAGCUGGCUUGGGAUUCGGGCUUGAUGGUGGACGAGAUUCCCCUAAUGGUGACCGUCCGCUUACUGUGAAAAAGCUCUUCGCUGGUGGCGCCGCUGCGCAAAGCGGGCAAGUGCUGGUGGGAGCAGAGCUUCUAUCAGCAGGUGGACAAUCGUUCGAAGGAUUUACUCGUACACAAGCGUGGGCAGCUUUAAAAGCUCUGCCCGCAGGUCAAGUGGCUCUAGUAUUAAAGAAUCCAACUGAUACUUGA